CGAUAAAUUAGGAUAGGAAAACGUGAGACGUGACUGCCACAGAUACACAUUUCGCAUGAUACUACGCGGGUUUUUUUUUGAUAACGUUCGUAAUGUAAACACCAGAUAAUAUCAUGUUAAACAUUAUCAAGUCAUCUUCGACUUUUGUCACGCUGUCGUUCCGUUAUUGUUUCGCGUUCAUUGAUUUUGAUUGUUAUUUUUGGACCGAUGUAUUCAUUGCUUUUGUACCUUAAUAUUAUUAAUAUAUUAUAAAAUCAAUUAUUAGCAUAUCAUUUGGAAAUCGGUUCGUUGACCGCGUCCCAACAUCUAUCAAUAUACAAUAGUAUAUAUUUUAUUAUUACAUUUUGUUCGACUUAAAAAACUGACAAUUGCCAUGUAUUUGAAGACUUGGAAAGAAUUUGAAACUGCUUCGUACAAUUUACUUCUUAAAGAUCCAACCCGGGUUAGAUGCACAAUGAAAUAUUGUCAUAGUGAAUCAACCGUGCAGCUAAAAGUUACAGAUAAUAUAACAUGCUUGCAGUUUAAAACAACAGAUAUACAAUAUGUAAAGAAAAUAGAAGUGUUUUAUGCUACAAUAAUGAAACAAAUCACUUCAUCUGAACUUUGAAACAAUAUGAAUAAUUGUAUUUGUAUUAAAUUGUAUAAGAAUAUUUUAACUCUAAAAUUAUAUUGAAUGCUUAAA